CGUCUAUCCCUUUUUAAACUCUCAUCUUCUUCACGUUUAUUGCUCGUACCAUGCUCAUCCACAUCAACAAGGAUCCAUCCCACUCCACUACUCUCUGCUUUCCAUAAACUUGGAUCCUCUAUCUUUCACAACUUUAAGCUUACCCAAUUCCAGGUUUUGAAGUCUGAGUCAUGGCGGAGGAUCUGGACAAACCAUUGCUUGAUCCUGAGAAUUUCAACCGAGAAGGCAUUGAUCUGGAACGGAUACCGUUGGAAGAAGUUUUUGAACAACUGAGAACAUCACGCGGAGGACUUUCAUCUGAAGAUGCUGAGGCCCGCUUGAUAAUUUUUGGCCCAAACAAGCUUGAAGAAAAGCCUGAGAACAAAUUUUUGAAAUUUCUUAGUUUUAUGUGGAAUCCCUUGUCAUGGGUUAUGGAAGCUGCAGCUGUGAUGGCGAUCGUACUUGCUAACGGUGGAGGGGAAGGUCCUGACUGGCAGGACUUUGUGGGGAUCCUCUGUCUAUUGAUUAUCAAUUCAACAAUUAGUUUUAUAGAGGAAAAUAAUGCUGGGAAUGCAGCAGCAGCACUUAUGGCCCGUUUAGCUCCAAAAACAAAGGUUCUCAGAGAUGGGCACUGGCAAGAGCAAGAUGCAGCUAUUCUUGUUCCAGGAGAUAUUAUUAGCAUAAAGCUCGGUGAUAUCAUCCCUGCAGAUGCUCGCCUACUUGAAGGAGACCCACUAAAGAUUGACCAGUCAGCUCUUACUGGAGAAUCCCUACCCGUCACCAAAAGAACAGGUGAUGAAGUUUUUUCUGGUUCAACAUGUAAACAUGGAGAGAUUGAAGCUGUGGUGAUAGCAACUGGAGUUCAUUCUUUCUUUGGAAAAGCAGCACAUUUAGUUGAUUCCACUGAAGUUAUUGGACAUUUCCAGAAGGUUCUUACCUCUAUCGGAAACUUCUGCAUUUGCUCUAUAGCUGUGGGAAUGAUUCUUGAAAUCAUUGUCAUGUUCCCUAUACAGCACCGAUCAUACCGGAAUGGUAUCAACAACCUUCUUGUGCUCUUAAUUGGAGGAAUACCCAUAGCUAUGCCUACGGUGUUAUCUGUUACACUUGCUAUUGGUUCACAUCGACUAUCUCAACAGGGUGCCAUUACAAAAAGAAUGACUGCAAUUGAAGAAAUGGCUGGAAUGGAUGUCCUCUGCAGUGAUAAAACUGGAACUCUUACUCUGAAUCGCCUCACUGUUGAUCGAAACCUUAUUGAGGUUUUUGCCAAAGAUAUGGACAAAGACACAGUUGUCUUGCUUGCAGCCAGAGCAUCAAGACUGGAAAAUCAGGAUGCCAUUGAUACAGCCAUCAUUAACAUGCUUGCUGAUCCAAAGGAGGCACGUGCAAACAUCACAGAAGUGCAUUUUCUGCCUUUCAAUCCUGUGGACAAGCGUACUGCAAUUACUUACAUUGAUUCUAAUGGUAACUGGAUUCGGGCCAGCAAAGGAGCUCCUGAACAGAUUCUAAAUCUCUGCCAAGAGAAAGAAGAAAUUGCUGGAAAAGUCCAUGCCAUUAUUGACAAGUUUGCUGAAAGGGGUUUACGAUCUCUUGGGGUUGCAUAUCAGGAGGUUCCAGAACAAACUAAGGAAAGUCCUGGAGGUCCUUGGACAUUUUGUGGGUUGUUGCCCUUGUUUGAUCCUCCAAGACAUGACAGUGCUGAGACCAUCCGCAGGGCACUUAACCUUGGGGUUUGUGUUAAGAUGAUUACAGGUGAUCAGUUGGCAAUCGCAAAGGAGACAGGUCGUAGACUAGGAAUGGGAACAAACAUGUACCCCUCUUCAUCAUUGUUGGGACGUGAGAAAGAUGAAAGUGAAGUUCUUCCAGUGGAUGAGCUUAUUGAAAAGGCUGAUGGGUUCGCUGGUGUAUUCCCUGAACAUAAGUACGAAAUUGUGAGAAUUCUACAAGAAAAGAAGCAUGUGUGUGGAAUGACUGGAGAUGGCGUGAAUGAUGCACCUGCGCUGAAGAAAGCAGAUAUUGGAAUAGCUGUGGCGGAUGCUACAGAUGCUGCAAGGAGUGCUGCUGAUAUUGUCUUAACAGAACCUGGUUUAAGUGUGAUUAUCAGUGCUGUCUUAACUAGCCGAGCUAUAUUCCAGAGAAUGAAGAAUUAUACAAUAUAUGCCGUCUCUAUAACCAUAAGGAUUGUGCUUGGUUUUGUGCUCCUAGCAUUGAUCUGGGAAUAUGACUUCCCACCAUUCAUGGUUCUGAUUAUUGCUAUACUAAAUGAUGGGACCAUCAUGACCAUUUCCAAAGAUCGGGUCAAGCCAUCUCCAAAACCAGACAGUUGGAAGCUCAAUGAAAUAUUUGCAACUGGCGUUGUCAUUGGCACUUAUCUUGCUUUAGUUACUGUCUUAUUUUACUGGGUUAUAGAUGGUACCACUUUCUUUCAGACCCACUUCCAUGUGAGUACCCUAAAGAGUACUGAGGAGAUCUCAUCUGCUAUAUAUCUGCAAGUCAGCAUUAUCAGCCAGGCUCUCAUAUUUGUUACACGCAGUCAAAGUUGGUCAUUUAUGGAAAGGCCUGGGGCUCUUUUGAUGUGUGCAUUUGUGGUGGCUCAACUGGUGGCUACAUUGAUUGCAGUCUAUGCAGAGAUUAGUUUUGCUUCAAUUAGUGGCAUUGGCUGGGGAUGGGCAGGUGUCAUAUGGUUAUAUAGCGUGAUCUUCUAUGUACCCCUUGACGUUAUCAAGUUUACAGUUCGCUAUGCUUUGAGUGGUGAAGCCUGGAAUCUCUUGUUCGAUAGGAAGACAGCUUUUACUUCUAAGAAGGAUUAUGGGAAGGAAGAUAGAGAGGCUAAGUGGGUACUUUCUCAAAGAACCAUACAAGGAUUGAUGUCUUCAGAGCUUGAGGUCAACGGCAGGCGGUCUUCUCUGAUUGCUGAACAGGCCAGGAGGCGUGCAGAAAUAGCCAGGCUGGGAGAGAUACACACAUUGAGGGGACAUGUAGAAUCAGUGGUGAGGCUUAAGAAUUUGGACAUCAAUGUGAUCCAGGCAGCUCAUACGGUAUGAAGGCAUGAUGUGAAGAUUGUAUCAUGCAAUUUUCCAGGAAACAGAGACUUUGCAGCAGCCAUUUACGUGAUUAGUCUUGGCUAUAAUCUGCAAGAUGCGUUGAUCUUUUUGUUGUCAACUGGAAAUGAUGUAGGUAAUCUGUGCGGUUAUGUUUCAUCAAUUGUUUUGGACUCCAAAGGUCAGGGAUGCCUCUAGAGGGUCUUCUGCUAAUAAUUCGUGUCAUUCCUUAGUAUGUAUUACAUUUUUUGAGAGGUGGAAAUUCUAGUUUCUGUUUGCAGAGAUCUUUGUGUGAUGUUUGGACCAUUGCGAGAGUAAUAAAGCUACCAACAUGGUGGAAACUCCUAUUUACCAGAUUCA